AUCUUUAGUGCUGCAUAAUUCAUCAUUCUUUUAUUUUGCAUUUAAGCGGCCAAACAAUAAGCGCAGAAAAAAAUUAACUUUCGGCUAUGGCAGAGGCGGAUUUUUGAAAAGAAUAACCCACAAUCGGGGAGGAUAAAGGACACGUUAGAGUAAAGGAAGUGAGGAACUUGCAGGCAGCCAACCGGAAAGCUACAUGGAAGACUCGCAUGCCCAUUGAUUUUUCGCUACGGACGCUAAAUUGCUUCGGUGUAACAAAAAGGAUUAAAUAUUGGUGCUGUAAUCAGUGCUGGAACUUAGCCAGCUAAUAAAAUCCUCACAAUGAGCGGCGACGAGAGCGGGGAAGCGGAUAAGCACAUUCUAAACUUGUCAAAGCAGAAACUGAAAAAGGUCCCCAAGCAGGACGAUGCGCACAGUAUCCGCCAGCUCAUCCUGGACGAGAACGAACUGCAGAAGAUCGACAACAUAGAUUCGUACCUCAAAGUUGAAACGCUCUCCCUUGCCAAAAAUCAAUUGCUGCGCAUGUAUGGCGUUUGUCGGCUUCACUGCCUCCGGGAACUGAAUCUAUCCUUCAACGGCAUCCUCUCCAUCGACGGCUUGAAGGAGUGCAUCCACCUGCGCGUCCUAAAUCUGGAGGGAAACACCAUCAAGACCAUCGAACACCUCAACACGAAUGUGAACUUGGAAACUUUGAAUUUGGCGGACAAUAGCAUUGGCAGCAUCUCAGAUAUAUCCUAUUUGCGAAAUCUUAAGGAGCUAUAUUUGCAUGGAAACCGGCUGACACAUCUCAAGCAGUGCGAUAAGUAUCUGCCCUCGUCCUUGGAAACCCUCACCUUGGCCCGAAAUGGAAUCAACGACCUCAACGAAAUCUGCACGCUGUCCCACUUGAACAAUCUGCUAAGCAUAUCCAUUUCGGGGAAUCCCUGUGUGAACAUGAGCAACAGCUUGGAGGGCUUUGACUACAGACCGUUUGUUUUGAACUGGUGCAUGAGCUUGAAGUACAUUGACGGCUAUGUGGUGGAUCCAAUCGAGAGCCUCAAGGCGGAGUGGCUUUAUAGCCAGGGUAGAGGCCGCCAGUUUCGUGUGGGGGAUCAGCACGCUCUGGCCAAGUACCUCAGCUCCAUGUGCCCACUGGUGGGCAAAGCACUGGAAAACGAAAACGAUCGGAAACUGCGCUUAAUUCUAAGCAAAGCCCAGCACCACCAACGUCAAUUGCAGGAGGAGAUUAUGGAUAAUGUGAAUAGCUCCGCCAGCACUUCGCCCUCGUCCCAUCGGAAAAAGCCAACGAGUCGGAUCCAGUCGCCUAGAUUUUCUCGCUUGAGUGGUGGUCGGCAAGGAUCCCCUGAAUCCAUGGUUAAUAGCUAUCAUGGGAACAGCAGUUGCAACAACAGUGUUGUCAGCGAUAAUGGCUCCGCAAACAAUUCCCUUCAAAUGAGCAUUUCGUUAAUCGAGAAUAUAAGAAACGAAGGUGAAGGGUACUCUCUAGCCGGCAGUGGAAUGUCCAGCAGUGUCACCACCAAAACCUACAACUCCACAGAGUCCACGCCCAGGAAUAUUACCCCGAAUCCAUACAACGAUCAAACUUUUAUUGGCCAAAUUCCUACGGGUGGUCCCCUGGCCGCUGCCUCGAAAAUGGUUCCCGUUCCGGAGACCCUCAUGAGCCCGGAUGUCUGUCCAGCCGCCGUGGCCCAAAAGAUGACUGUCAGUGCUAUCAACUCACAGCUCCACAAAUCCAAAAUCAAUAAGAACAAAGAUAACAAACUUAACUUGCCGCGGGUGCGAAGUCCGCAACUGAAAAGGAACCAAAGCCCGACGAGUAGUCCCCGGAAAUCGGCGAGUAAAAUGAGCGGCGACAAAAUUCAACAGGAGAAGAUAAAUUCAUCCGGAGUAAUGGUGGAUGCCGGGGGCUUCAGUACCGAUGAUGACGGCGACCAGAUUAACAUUGAGAAACUAAAAACUAUCCGUAAGAUGGCUGCCCAAAAGCAGCAGCAGCAGCAACAGCAACAGAAGCUAGAGGUGCAACAGCAGCAGCAGCUGGACAACUGCAAAGACACCACCCAGACCUGUGCUGAUCGCUUGAUUGAACAUGUUACCGAGUCCUCGGCUGUAACCAUUCAAAAGAUGUGGCGCGGAUAUCACACCCGCAAGAAGACCAACCAGGACAUAGCUGAGCGUCUACAGCGACGUCGCACUCAGGAAUACAUAGAACAACUCAGCAAGGACAUGCUGCUGACCAAGGCCCAGCUCGAGAACGAGCGCAAGAUCCAGCAACUGCAGAUGCAGGCCAUCAAUGCGCUGUGGAAAAAGGUGUCCACCAUGCAAGUGGACCCCAAAGGCGUGCCUCCAGCCGUGGACCAGGGCGAGGACGCCAUUGGCGGCUCUGGCAACGUGAGCCUUGAUCAGAACUCUGCCUCGGUGGUUAAUGAUCUGGCGAAGCGAUGCACUCUGUUGACGGACCAGGUUCAAUCGCUGCAGAGCUCGAUUGGAACCAUUGUCAAUUGCCUGACCAUGGUGUGCAACCUGCCCCAGGAUGCCAUUAAGAAGCAGGCCGAGAUAAUCGACUGCAGCUCCACACAGACGGACCUGAUUGCCGUUCACACUCCUCAGAUCGAGGAUGUUACCAAUUUUCCUUUCACCAAAGCUCGUCCCUCAACCUUGGCCCUGGAGUCCAAGCACGAAAUAAUUGCCUCAUCGAAAAUAGAGGAGCUGACCGAUGGUGAACUCAAGGAGAACGAUGAGGCUGUUCAGCUCGAGAACGAAGCAUGAAAAAUCUCAGUAAAUAAAUGAGGAGUAAACGCUAUAAACUAA